GGAACUCGCAUCUCAGUUGAUUUUUGAGGCUGUGAAAACAUUGAAAGAUAUGGAGACUCCAUGGGAACCAAAGGAGGUUGAUUGUGGUGUAAAGGGUUCACGCGGACAAAUUUCAUCGGAGUUUCAAAAAGUUGUCGAAAAGUUGGUAGGGAACUCGUCCGUCUUGAAAUUUGAGGAGGACUUCAAACGGCUGCACUAUCAGACGUAUUUCGAGUUCAGAUCAUUUAAUCGGUCAACUCCUCCUGAGCUGGCACCUUUCGCCACCUCAGAAUCUGCAGAUAUCCAGGUCCACAACGAUUCCGACAUCAAACCACUUCGGCGCUUUUUCAGGGUCGGCACCACAUUGGCUAUACCCUGGUCCUACCCUUCCUUGGACCCAGACACAGGGCUCGUCCGACGAGACGCGAUGGGGAACGAGAUCUGGGAGGGCUACUGCAUCGAGCUCGUCGAGAAACUCGCCGAGGAUAUGAAAUUCGAUUAUCAGCUGGUCAUCAAAGAGUCCUUCGGCAAACGCUCGCCCAACGGGACAUGGAGUGGCCUCGUUGGAGACCUUGCCACUGGGCAAAUCGACUUGAUCUCCACGGGUUUGACCAUGACGUCAGAGAGAGAGGAGGUGAUCGACUUUGUGCCACCGUACUUUGAUCAAACUGGAAUCACAAUCGUUAUUCGAAAAGGAAUCAGGAAAACAACAAUUUUCAAGUUCAUGACAGUAUUGAAGCUUGAGGUGUGGUUGAGUAUCGUUGCUGCUCUUAUCAUGACUGCAGUACUGCUCUGUCUUCUCGAUAAAUACUCGCCUUACAGUGCCCAAAACAACCCAAAGCUCUACCCAUACGAAUGCAGAAAAUUUACACUGAAGGAAAGUUUUUGGUUCGCUUUGACUUCAUUCACACCGCAAGGGGGAGGGGAAACGCCCAAAUCUUGCAGCGCGCGGGUUCUCGUGUCAGCUUAUUGGCUUUUUGUGGUUCUCAUGCUGGCAACUUUUACCGCCAAUCUUGCUGCUUUCCUAACCGUGGAGAGGAUGCAGUCACCGGUCCAAUCUCUUGAGCAACUGGCCAAACAGUCUCGAAUAGCCUAUUCGGUGGUGAACGGCUCAAGCACUCACCAGUAUUUCAAGAACAUGAAAUUUGCCGAAGACACUCUCUACCGGGUGUGGAAAGAAAUCACCUUGAAUGCAUCGAGCGAUCAGUCACAAUACCGUGUGUGGGACUAUCCCAUCAAGGAGCAAUAUGGGCACAUUUUAUACGCAAUUGAACAAGGAGGGCCUGUUCCAAACGCUUCCGUCGGGUUUCAAAGAGUGAUUGACAGUGAGAAUGGUGAGUUUGCGUUGAUCCACGAUUCGGCUGAAAUCAAGUACGAGGUUUCACGUAACUGCAACCUCACCGAAGUCGGCGAAAUUUUUGCCGAGCAGCCGUACGCUUUAGCCGUCCAGCAGGGGAGCCGCUUGCAGGAGGAAAUCAGUCGCAACAUUUUAGAUCUCCAAAAAGACAGAUUUUUUGAAAUUCUCACUGCAAAGUAUUGGAAUUCGUCCCAAAGAGGACAGUGUUCAGAUGCGGAUGACAACGAGGGAAUCACAUUGGAGAGUCUUGGGGGAGUUUUCAUCGCGACGAUCUGCGGGCUCAUCCUGGCGAUGAUCACCCUCUCGUUCGAAGUGUAUUUCCACAAGAGGAAGAAGCGGACUCAAACGACCCCGGUGGCGAGCGGCGGCGCCGAGUCCAAGAACCCCGUCGGCGCGGGCCCGACCAAACUCAUGUACGCCAAGGAGUUCGAGUCGGCCGUCAUGCGCAACAGGCGGGAGUUCACCGAGGCCUGGAAAAAAGGAGGCAACAACAUUCAAUUCAUCACCGUUCAACCGCGCAGUCAUCUGUAUUAAGCUCCUCGGCCGAGUGGCAAAACGCCGCGAGGGGGCCCAGAAACUUCCUUUUCGGAUCGGCCAAUUAGCUUCCCCCUCCUCCUCCACGCCGAUUG